GCUGUCGGGUCUCUCCCGGUGCCCGGGAUGGCGGAGGGCGGCCCGCGGCGGCUCCGCCCGUGGCUGCUGGCCCAGCUGCAGAGCGGGCGCUUCCCCGGUUUGCAGUGGGACGACGCGGCACGGACGGCGCUGCGGAUCCCGUGGGCGCACGGCGGGCGGAGCGGGGCUCGCGACGGGGCGGGGGCGGCGCUAUGCAGAGCAUGGGCGGAGUACAAGGGGCGGCUGCGGCCCGGGGACCCCCCCGACCCCGCGGGCUGGAAGACGCGGCUGCGCUGCGCCCUGGCCCGGAGCCCCGAGUUCCGGCAGCUGCCGGGGCGGGGCCGCUCCGACGGGCCCUGCCCAUACCGCGUGUACCGGGUGCUGCCCGCCCGCGAGCCAAAGCCCCCCAAGGGCCGGCAGAGCCAGAAGGAGGCGGGGCUGAGCCCUACAGAGCCCCUCCCACCGACCCCACCCCCAGAGAGCCAGGAUGGAACCACGGAUGAGGAAAAGCCCGCAGAGGCUCCGCCCCCAGAAGUGCUGCCCCUGCGCAUCGAGGUGGAGAGCGCAGAGCCCCUCCCCCCUGCAGAUGGGGACGCUGCGCUGCUGCUGCGGCUGCGCCGAGGCCCCGCCCAGGCCUGGCAGGGGGCGGCGCCUCCGGGCGAGUACCUGCUGAGCCCUCCCGGCCGCCAGGGGGCGCCGCCGCCGCCGCUGCCGCGAUUGGUGCUGCCGCUGCGGGCGGGGCCGGGGCUGCUGCUCAGCAGCGCCCCCCGGGGGCUCUUCCUGCGCCUGCGCCCCGGGCACGGCCCCGCCCCCGCCGUGGUGAGGGGGCCCCACGCCCCCCACGGGCCCCUCCAGCCGGGGGCGCUGCUGCAGCCGUUCGACAGCCAGCGCUUCCGGGAGGAGCUGGAGCUGCACCGGGCCGGGCUCGGGCCCCUCCCCCCGCACCGCGUGACCCUGGAGCUCCGCCCCCCCGAGGAGGGGGAGGGGCUGCUGCUG